GAACGAAUUUGAUUGAGCGGAACCAACUUGUCUCUCUCAUACUCUCUCUCUCUCUCUCUCCUCUCCCUCUCCCUCUCCCUUCUUUCUUUUUCUUUCUCACAUCAAAACGAGGUGAUUGACUUGGCAGAAACAAAUCGUUCUGCUUUCUUUUUCUUUUGCCUUCCUUUUCUACAAGUAACAUACACGCAUACGCAUACGCACACUAUACACAACCCGCACAACGUUUUUCUACAUGCCUUUAAAGGCAUUAUCUCGGUUUCAAAAGCGACUGUCUGCGGCGUACUGCUAUCCGUAUGGAAAGGCACUAGCUUCACGACCCGUCUCGUACCUGCUACUGUCGUUUUUAUGCGUCAGUCUCUUGUCGUACUCGGUCAUUUUGCAUGCCGUGAAUUCAUUCGGAUUCAAUCCCAAUGCUGUAGAUUCGAUCGAUGCUCACUUUUGGCAAUAUUCACCACACGUAAAACUCGAAAACUGCAGUACUACCACCACCACCACAACGAGUGCUGCUGCUAAUGCGCUUUCGAAGAGUGGUAAUGGCGGUACCACCAGCUCACCAUCAGCCUCACCUCCACGUUUGAUCGCUCAACAAAUUCGACUUUCGAAUCACGACAAUGCAAUCGACAAUGAAUUAUUACACCAUGCGCGUACCUUGCAAAAUGUAUUGACUACCAGCGUUGUUUAUAUCGACCGAAAACCUGUAUCACUUGCUACCAUUUGUUUAACACGACGCGGUCAAUGCGUCAUCCAUUCGCCACUCGAGUAUUUCAAAAACAACAACAACAACAACAACAACAAUAAUGACAUGUUUGGGGACAACUGGAUCGAAACGGUUCAACAACAUCGCGCAUACGCAGAUGAAUCCACCGGCUUGUCAAUGCACCCCUUGAGCGUAUUUGGCAAUGCAACAUUGGAUCCGUUUGGACGGUUCCUGACGGCCGAUUCGAUCAUUUUCACUGUACUACUGCAAUCAAAUCAUUACACUCAACGCGUAUGGAACGAACUGUGGGAGCAUACAACGCAGCAGCUUCGCAUGGGGCAUCUCGAUAGUGUCACUGCGGCGAACCGGCAUCAUCAUCAUCACCCCUCCUGGAGCAAUGAUGAUGGUGAGGAGGAUCAACAGUACAGGGCUUGGCAAAAGCAGCUGCCCAUGAUGCAUGCUCUCACUGUUCAGUACCAGCUCAAACUGUUUCCCCAGUAUCUCCCCGCCGAAAUGUACGUUUGCGCCUUUGUUUUCGUUGCGUUAAGCUUUGCCGUAUCCAACGCCAUUGGAAAUGCACAUCUCCUUCGGUCCCAAUUCGGCCUGGGCCUUGCUGCUGUGUUUAUGGCACUUGCCUGUUUCACGACGACUGUGGGCAUCCUCAACUAUUUUCAUCUCUGGCGUCACAUGGUAACUCCGUGGUACCUGUUGAUCCUUGUCUCUGCGGUCGCGUCCUUGGAAAACACAUUCCUGCUCACGAACGCCGUGGUCAAUGCCGGAUGCGAUAUGCAGAUCCGAGAAAAGAUCGGUCGAGGUCUCGAGAGCGUCAUGGUGCCCAUGACCGCCACGCUGGCUGCAGAAUUGGCCAUUCUUGCUAUAGGCGACGCUAUGCACAACCCUUUGGUCAGCGACUUUUGUCUUUUUGCACGCGUCGCACUGUUGGUCGGCUACGUCUUGGAAAUGACAUUUUUUAUGGCUGUUCUCGCGAUUAAUGUCAAAUGCGUCGAGCUAACGGACCUGGAUGACCGGCAAACAUCCAAACGAUUACGCGAACUGGCCAAAUACAAUGUGGAUGCAGACACAGCGCCCGACUUGUGCCCUAUUCAAGAACCCAUCAAUGAAUGCACCGAAGCAAAAUCGUGUGCAGAGUGCAAGCAAUUCAAGACGCAUCGAACAUUGAAUGCUUUGGUGCUUUGUUUAAUAAUCUUAACCUUAUUCCGAGCAUCAUCCUGGUCAUCCUACUCCGUCGCCAGUAGUGCUGUGCAACAUCAACAGCAACAGGAACACCACAACAGCGAAUAUCAGCAUCAUCGUUAUAACGAACAAGUUGAUUCAUUCGCAGAAUCUGUCACGUCGAACGACGAUCUGAUCAACUACGAACUGAUAUCGACAUCAACUCGCUUUUGGAGCACCGUCAACCCAUUCCAUGACUCAAUGCAGCUACAAGUCAAUCCGCCAUACCUUGUACUCUAUACCCCCACAGCUGCCGACGGUCUAGCCCAAGCACUUCAUUUAGAAGAGUAUUACGCCUCCAAAUCGAUACUGUAUCAACAACAGCAACAACAGCAGCAGCAGCUUCAGCAUCAAAAUAUGGACGAAACCAUCCGACGCCGCUAUGUCACAUCUCGAUUUCGUAAAUUUUUGUUUGACACUGUGAAGCGCGUAGCCACACUCAUUUUUAGCAUCAAUGUCCCAUCCAUCAUGCUCUGUGUUGUCCUUGUGGGCAUCAUUAUCUGGCUAACACCUUCGUGGCGUGAAGCAUGGCUACGGCCACUCUUGAAAUGGCUGUUUCUAGAAUCGGUCAGUUACUGUGCCUUUCUUAUUCGACGGAUGCUUUUACAGAUCCCAGGAUCAACGGGCCGACGCAUUGCGCGAGAACUCGGUGAUUACGACGAGAAUGGCGUGCAUCGUGGAGCCAUUCUUGCCCAACAGCAGUUUAAUAAGCAACAGCUCGAACACAACAUUCGGCAGGUCGAUAUAAAGACAUUGUCGGGCAAGCAUGUUGCCGAUGUGCGACGCCUUGCUGUCAAUGCAAAGCAUGGAUCCUUGGUAUCCUGUGGCCAAGACGGCCGCAUCAUUUUGUGGGAUGCACAAGACGGCGAAUGGAUGGCGCGGCUCGAUCGUGUGCGACAAACCCACAGUGGGGUCAUGAAAGGUGACCUGAACCCUACUUAUUGGCAAAGACCUAACAUGAAAAAACGAGGCGCUUUUGCAACACCAUCUACGACGACGGCAGCAGCAGCAGCAGCGGCAGCAGCGGCGACCUUAGCAUCUCGUUCAAAGGCAACAAAACAAAUGGUUUCGGCUCGUUGUGUCAAGAUUGAUCACGGGAACAAGUGGAUCGCGUCCGGGUUCGACGAUGGCAUGAUUCGCGUAUGGGACAUGCAGACGGGCAAUCUGUUGCGAGAACUGCAUGUUGAAACAGAAAUCCCCAUUACUGUCGAAGCAGAGGACGAAGAAAGACAACAUUACAAGACCAUCGAUUUAUCGACCAUUGCCGGAUUGAAAAACCGCCAUCAUCGACCCAAGAAGACCGCAGCAGCAACAAGCGCAUUAUCGUCAUCAUCACAGCAAAAGCAACGCCAUCAUGUUACCGAUCGAGUAAUUGCUAUUCAAUUUGUCGGUGCGGUCGUGGAGUAUUGUCACCCCAUUGUUGCUGAAGCAGCUGCAAAACAAGCCAUGGGAGACGAUAACUCGACGCAGAAUUAUCUAGUGUCUGUGCACAAGAGCGGCAUUAUCCGCGAGUGGGACGUUCCGUCGGGCGAAUGCAUUAAGUCGAUCCCAUCAGAACACAACAAGGAUAUCACCCUACUGCAUGUAGUCGAAUGCAAGGCUCCGCAUCCCAAACUCGGUGUAACUUGGAUCUUCACCGCAUCCAAAGACGGCACUGUCAAAUGCUGGGAACGUCGACUGGACAAAGAAGCUGGGAGCACGGUGUGGACUUGCGCAUAUACACUGGAUGCGCAUCACGGACAUCCCAUCACCGCGCUAGCUACAGAACUACCUGUCGGUGGCAUGGGCGCACUGGUGACAGGAUCGAGCGAUGGUGCGGUCAAGGUGUGGAACUUUGAGACGGGCGAGGCGGUGUGUACCCUAUCGACCGGUGGGUUCGUCAAGCAACGCAGCAAACAAGCGCCCAUGGUAGGCGGGCCCUUAUUAAAGUAUAGCAGAAUACCCAGCGACGACGAUGUGCAUCAUGGCGCCACACGACGACGACGACGACGACACACCGACGACACUAGCAGCUACGCAUCAAUGUUUGCGGACAUUUCAGAUGCGGAUCAUCGUGGGCCUAUCACACAGGUCGUUGUUGCACGCUACUGUGAAGUGGAGAACGGACCCGGGCUCUGUCGAGGAUGCGACACUUGUUUUGGAAACGGAUUUCUUGUCGCAUCAUCCUCCAGCGACGAAUCGGUCCAUGUGUGGCGUCUUGAACGCGCUGAUGGCAAGCACGAGGGCAGCUGCACGCUGUGCACCAAAGAUUAUCACCAGAAACGAUAUCCGACGCGGUCGCGUAAUAAUAACGAUGACAACAAACGGCCACGACGCAUGUCCUCGCCUAGGCGACGCGUCUAUCGCCACCCACCACGGUCGGCCACCCAUACUACUAGUGCAUCCAUACCACCCUCUGUAUCGAUCGCUGAAACAAUGGAGUUGCUGGAUAUCGAACAGCUCGGUGGCGAGAUGAACAUUGACUUGGCCCCGACGUUUCUUGGUACGAUCGAACAGCUCGCUGGACGAGGUCUUGUGUUUUGCAACAACAUGAUACUGGGCGGUGUACGGAAAAACAAAUCAGGCGAAUGGGAAGCAUGGUUUGCGUCUUUGAAAUAUUACGAUCCAUCUGAACAACACGAGGACGAUGAUGACCAAGAGGAAGAUCCAGUGAUGAUACCCGUGGAAACGUUUGAUUUGGAAGAAACAACCAAUGGACGAGGCGAGCAACCAGAAGAAGCAGCAGCAGCAGGGGCAGCUUCUACACAUGUCGACCAUAAAAGCAUCCUGGCCUCGUUAUGGCACUUUGUUGUCGGUAGUAGUGAUGAUCCAUCCGCAAAAGGCAGGCGGAUAGCUACUGGAAGAGCACGAAACGGCAGCACUAGCGACACUAAGGGUAGUGAUGAUGGCAACAAUGAUGAAAAAAGUGACGACGACGACGAGUAUGACGAAGCAUCUGAAAUGCUACCGUUCUCGACCGUACGGCAUGUUAUCCCCUUGCAUGGCUCAGGCCUAGCCUGUGAUUUUGGCAACUUUAUUAAGGUCGUGUAUGUGGACGAUCGAUGCCAAAAACACAAUUUCCAUGCCGUCUCUGCGACGAAUACUGUUACCAGUGCUAAUACUACCAUUGCUGCCGCGACUAUCACAACAACAACAACAACAACUGCUACUACUGCUACAAGUCUGAAUAAGAAGACAAAUCGACUGACACAAGAAAAGAAAUCUUCCUCGUCGUCAGGAUGUUGUGGAGGUAGUGGCAAAAAUAAGAACAGUGGACAAUGCUGCGGUGGCAGCAGCAGCAGCAGCAGCAAUGACAACCAGAAGAGCAACAGCCAAUGCUGUGGUGGUAAAAACAACGGCAAGUGUUGCGGCGGCAAGGGUUUUGUCAGACGACGACCCCCUGUUGUCAACAGCACGACGGCAACGACUACCGCAACCACCACUACUAGUACUACUAGUACUACUAGUACUACAGCAUCAUCAUCAUGCAACAUUGCAGAGUGUUCUUCACAAGCAAACUGCCCACGCGCGUCCGAAUGUCAAUUAGCAGCAACACGCUCAUAUGGUCACUGAUCUUUUCUCCUUCUUCUCCUUACGUCUUCCACCCUUACAGUAUUCUAGCACACACACACACUCCUGCUAUGUUCUUACUAAUCUCGCUUCAUUUUUUUCUGCAUUUGUACAUGUUUCCUCUCUAUUAUAUAUCUCUUGAUACCAUGUGUUUUUUUUCCUCAUUUCGCUCCUCUUUUUUCCGUGCGCCUAUUUCACACUGUCAAUUAUAAUGCAUAUCUUUUUUCAGCUUGAUGCUUUCAGUAAAUGUACAUUUACGUCCAGUAUUUAUAUAGUUUGUAUUUGCC